CCCCGCCCCCGCGGGGUGAGGUGGAGCCGGAGCCGGAGCCGGAGCCGGGCUGGCAGGCACGGCCGCUGCCCCUUCCCCGCGGCCCCGAGCUCGGCUCCGCUCCCUAUGGGCUAGGCCGCCGCCGCCAUGUUCAGCUUCGAGGGGGAUUUCAAAACCCGGCCCAAGGUGUCUCUCGGCGGCGCGAGCAGGAAGGAAGAAAAAGCUUCUCUACUACAUCGUACCCAAGAAGAAAGGCGGAAACGAGAGGAGGAAAGACGAAGGCUGAAAAAUGCAAUAAUCAUCCAGUCCUUUGUACGAGGAUACAGGGACAGAAAACACCAGCAUUCUCUUCAAAGAAGUGAAUUUGAUCGCUGUGCUAAUUUGGCCCAACCUGGAGGAACAUUCUCCACUACCAGGGGAGCUAAUCUGACCCUCUUAGUCCGUCAACUUCUGUUUUUCUAUAGACAGAAUGAAGAUUCUAAGCGUUUGAUAUGGAUGUGCCAGAACUUAAUUAAACAAAAUUCUCAGUUUGUGAAGCAACUGGAUGGUCAUGAUAGACUUACCUGUUUAUUUCAAAUAAAAAGACUGUUGGGCCUAUGUUGCAGGUUGCUACAAAACUGCAAUGAUGACAAUCUGAAUGUUGCACUUCCUAUGAGAAUGCUUGAGGUAUUUUCAUCUGAGAAUACGUAUUUGCCUGUUUUACAAGAUGCCAGCUAUGUGGCAUCGUUAAUUGAACAAAUUUUGCACUACACAAUUCACAAAGGAUACUACAGGUCUCUUUAUUUGUUAAUUAAUAAUAAACUUCCAUCAAGUAUUGAAUAUUCUGAUGUUUCUCGAGUUCCUAUUGCAAAAAUACUGCUAGAGAAUGUUCUGAAACCAUUGCACUUUACGUAUAGCUCCUGUCCAGAAGGUGCAAGGCAACAGGUAUUUGCUGCCUUCACUGAGGAGUUGCUGGCAGCACCUUUUACGGAUCAGAUAUUCCAUUUCAUCAUUCCAGCGCUGGCUGAUGUGCAGACCACUUUCCCUUAUGAACUCUUUCUGAAUGCACUAUUACUGACAGAAAGUGGACGGUCAAGAAAAAGUGAUAGAGCUCCCUGGCUUUUUUAUUUUGUUUUAAUGGUUGGUGAAACAUAUUUAGGAUCUCUUUCUGAGGAAGGACUGCUUGUGUACUUGAGGGUUCUACAGACCUUUCUUUCUCAGUUGCCUGUGUCUAGUAGUGGUACAAAUUGUCAAGAUGCAACUAGUGAUUCUGAAGAGGAGGAUGAAGAGAUCAGUAAGAUGAUGACUACCCAUGGUGAUGGGAGAAUAUCAGUGCAGUGUAUAACAGAGGAGUGUCUAAAAAAACUCGCUACGAAACAGCAGACAAACACCCUGUUGAAUAUGGUCUGGAGAGAUUCAGCGAGUGAAGAAGUCUUCACACUGAUGGCAUCAAUUUGCCACAUAUUAAUGGUACAACACCGGAUGAUGGUGCCAAAAGUCAGGCUUCUUUACAGCUUAGCCUUUAAUGCCAGGUUCCUAAGGCAUCUUUGGUAUCUAAUCUCUUCAAUGACUACACGAAUGAUUACAGGGUCUAUGGUGCCAUUACUUCAAGUGAUAUCAAGAGGGUCUCCAAUGUCUUUAGAAGACUCCAGUCGGAUCAUCCCUCUCUUCUACCUUUUUAGUUCUUUGUUUAGUCAUUCACUUAUUUCUAUUCAUGAUAAUGAAUUCUUUGGUGAUCCCAUAGAAGCUGUAGGUCAAAGACAAUCAUCAAUGAUGCCUUUUACAUUAGAAGAACUGGUAAUAUUAUCACGCUGCCUUCGAGAUGCCUGUUUGGGAAUCAUCAAAUUGGCUUACCCAGAAACAAAACCAGAAGUGCGUGAGGAAUAUAUUGCAGCAUUUCGAAGUGUAGGAGUCACAACAAACACAGAAAUGCAGCAAUGUAUACAAACGGAACAAAAACGAUGGAUUCAGCUCUUUAAGGUCAUCACUAACUUAGUAAAAAUGUUGAAAUCUAGAGACACAAGGAGAAAUUUCUGUCCACCCAACCACUGGUUAUCAGAACAAGAAAACAUUAAAGCAGAUAAGGUUACUCAGCUGUAUGUGCCAUCUGCCAGACAUGUAUGGCGAGUCAGAAGAAUGGGAAGAAUAGGACCCCUGCAGUCUACUUUAGAUGUGGGCCUGGAGCCAGCACCUCUUUCUGUGUCCGAAGAACGACAGCUUGCAAUUUUGACAGAGCUACCAUUUGUAGUUCCUUUUGAAGAAAGAGUAAAGAUUUUUCAAAGACUGAUCUAUGCUGACAAACAGGAAGUUCAAGGAGACGGUCCAUUUCUGGAUGGAAUUAACGUUACUAUCCGAAGAAAUUAUAUUUAUGAAGAUGCUUAUGACAAACUUUCCCCUGAAAACGAGCCUGACCUGAAAAAGCGAAUUCGUGUUCACUUGCUUAAUGCACAUGGCCUGGAUGAAGCUGGCAUUGAUGGUGGUGGAAUUUUCAGAGAAUUUCUGAAUGAACUGCUUAAAUCAGGAUUUAAUCCUAACCAGGGAUUUUUUAAAACCACUAAUGAAGGGCUUCUCUACCCAAACCCUGCUGCACAGAUGCUUGUUGGAGACUCUUAUGCUAGACACUAUUACUUCCUAGGAAGGAUGCUUGGAAAGGCUCUGUAUGAAAAUAUGCUGGUGGAGCUGCCAUUUGCUAGUUUUUUCCUCUCAAAGUUGCUGGGCACAAGUGCAGAUGUAGACAUUCAUCACUUAGCUUCAUUAGACCCCGAAAUGUACAAAAACUUGCUUUUCCUCAAGAGCUAUGAAGGGGAUGUGGAAGAACUUGGCCUAAAUUUUACUGUGGUGAAUAAUGACCUCGGGGAGGCACAGGUGGUUGAGCUGAAACCAGGUGGAAAGGAUAUCCCUGUAACCAGUGCUAACAGAAUAGCAUACAUCCAUCUUGUAGCAGACUACAGACUGAACAAGCAGAUUAGGCAGCACUGUCUAGCAUUCCGACAGGGACUGGCCAAUGUUGUUAACCUUGAAUGGCUUCGAAUGUUUGAUCAGCAGGAAAUACAGGUUUUGAUUUCUGGUGCCCAGGUUCCCAUUAGUCUGGAUGACCUAAAGUCCUUCACAAACUAUUCAGGUGGCUACUCGGCAGACCAUCCUGUAAUCAAAAUAUUUUGGAGAGUGGUGGAAAGCUUCACUGAUGAAGAAAAACGUAAAUUGCUCAAGUUUGUAACAAGCUGCUCUCGACCCCCUCUGCUGGGAUUUAAGGAAUUAUAUCCUGCAUUUUGCAUUCACAAUGGAGGAUCUGAUCUGGACAGGCUUCCCACAGCCAGUACCUGCAUGAACUUGCUGAAGCUUCCGGAGUUUUAUGAUGAAAACCUUAUGCGGAGCAAGCUUCUAUAUGCCAUUGAAUGUGCUGCUGGAUUUGAGCUAAGCUGAGUCGAACUGAGGUGUAAUCAGAUGCUCUGCAGAGGACCUAACCAGUGCCUACUUCAAAAGCAGCACCCGUACCCAAGCAGAUUAAAGACAACUCCAUCUAGGUUUCUGCAGCAUUCAUUUCUUACCAGUUGCCCCCAAAUGGGUUUCAUUUUUAAACACACAGUUUGUUUGUUAGCUGUCAUUAAUUAACCUUACAUUGACACUGCUUUAUGAUUCAAAAUAAUGAAUGCUGUGUGCAGUGUGGCUGUUUUGUGUGUUUAUGCCAAGAAAGAGCACAUUUAAAGAACAGUGACAUCUCUGUGAAAUUAACCAAAGAUGAAGCUUUGGCUUUGUGCUGUUCAAAUAUAAAUAAACCCACAAGCUGGCAAUAAACUUGUGUACAAUGCAGCACGUUGGGAUAAAACAGAGCUAACAUCCUGUAAUAAGUUUUAGAGGGAAAAAGAUGUGUGCAAAUGUCCCGGAAUUCAGAGGUUGAGAUUGCUUGUUACUGAUGACCCCACAUCUUUUCUCAUGUGGUAGAACUGUUUACAAACAUUAGUUGUUGCUAUUAAGAUGGAUUAGAAUUGUUUAAUACUACCUUCGCUUAAGAGGGUAGGCACUGAGAUAAAACAUUUAUAGGCUUUUAUUUGGGCUCUCUGGAAUAUCUUCCAGAAAUGGGUUUCGCAUGCUUAUUUUUAAGUUCUACCUUUUGCUACGUCAUGAUCAGUUGGACACUGUCAUAAACAGAUGCGACUGUCCAUGCUUUCUCUGUUCUGUUUCUGUCUCCCCUUAGUGCCUGUACAGACCUCUUUUUUUAUGUAUCAGACUCCUAUGACAUACCCAAUACAUACAAUAGUCAUGACUUUGGAAAAAAUAUACUUGUAACAACUAUUAAAAUUAUUUGAACCAAAGUAUCAGGCUUUAUCUUUUAUAUCUGAAGCCUGCGGUGUUCACAUUCCUUCUGCUCAUCAUUUAUUUCCAUUCUAAAUGCCAUGUUCCAUAAAAUAUAGUCUGAUUCAUUAUUUUUGUCAAUAAGCAGCUUUCACAUCCAUCUGGUCUUAGCAGUUUUGCUCAGGCAAGUAGAUGGGAACAUGCUGCUUAUCAUAACUUGAUUGCCAGGGGAAAAACUGGUUUCAGAUGGAGGGAUUUAGUUCUGUAAUAAUAGGCACAUUACUGGGUCAAGAUUUGUGUUCACAUAUAAUUUGCAUUCAGCUAAAAAUAAUGCUAAUUCAAGCCAUAAGAAACAUAAACAAGUGUAUCCCUUCUGAUCUUUAAAGAAAAAAAAAUUACCAUCAGAGUCUUGCUCAUCUCUAUUGCUAAAAUUAUUUUGCUAUUCCUGGAUUUCAUGUUUAAUAAGCAGUAACUAGCAAUAUCCUUUUAAAUGGGGGAAAUUCUGUGAUUUUAAAAUGUUUACUAGUAUCAGUAUAAAAUGUAUAAUUUCUUAAUUUGGGUAAAAGAUGAAGUGUUAAAAUACUAUUUGUAGUCUUGAUGUACAGAAAUAAAAUAAUUAGUUUUCUUUUUGGUUUUGCUUUAGGCUUUUUAUUUAUGUUAAAUGUUACGUACUCAGCAUAUUCUUUAUCAAAAAGUUGGGUUUUUUGUAUAUUUUUCUAUAUAAAUUAUGGACCUUAUUCAGAAGAUGGAAACAAGAGCAGUUAUAGUGUGAUUGCCUCUUAAAAGCAAAACAUGCACAUUUCUUUUAGACAGCAUUAUUUAUUUUAUAACCCAAUGCUUUAUUUUGAAAUUAUUUUUCAAUUGAAUUCAUUUGCUCCAUUGAUAGUGUCAUGUUUGUAUGUUGUAAAAUGCAAAUUACAUUUUUCUAUUAAAUAUUCACAUUUCCAA